AUGGGCUAUAAUGUCCCAACCACAUUUGUUCAUUCACGGGUCUCUCUUAUGGUGGUUGUCUACAAAGGAGUCAUCAGAGAAAAACCAUCCAGUAAGGAAGAAGCUCGUGAAUUUAUUAAAGGCUAUUCUGGGUCACAUGGAUCUGUUGUGGGAUCUGUACUCGUAACCAACUUGAAAACCGGAGUAAGAAAAGGCGGAUGGGACAAAGCAGAGGUCUAUUUCCAUGAGAUACCGGAUAAAGUCAUCGAUGACCUGAUUGAGGAGGGCAUAACACUCAACGUAGCCGGAGGUUUAAUGCUUGAGCAUCCCCUCACUUUGCCAUUUGUGGAGACCGUGGUGGGGGCGGCUGAUACAGUGAUGGGACUUCCUAAAACACUCACGGAAGAAUUCAUCAAGGACGUGCUUUAGUAAAGAAGCCCCCUUUUUCUCAUGCUCACCCUUCAAAUGUCACACUUUCUAAGAUAAGAUUCAAAUUUAGGUAAUUUGUGUUUGUUCCCCCAUCAUCGGACGACUAUAAGUGAUUGGUCCAUAUGAAUCAGUUUGUUAGUGUCAAUUGUACAAUUCAAAUGAAUGGAUAGAUUCAUUUACUGAUCAUCCCAUGCAGACAAAUUAU